AUGAUGGUCUCUGACGGGUUCGGACCGGCCUCUCAGACCUAUGCUCGGUCCUAUUUCCAAUAUGUUCACAACUUGACCGAGGGAUACAUGUCGCCGCUGGAUAAGAUCCUCGUCGGCUCUUCGAGAACCAGGAGCAGCGAUUCAUUAAUCACAGACUCUGCCGCCGGUGCCACAGCCUUCUCAUGCGCUAUAAAGACCUACAAUGCUGCCAUUGGGGUGGACCCGGAAGGAGUCCCCUGUGGAACGAUCCUGGAAGCCGCCAAGCACCUGGACAUGUUGACAGGUCUCGUUGUCACCAGCCGAGUCACCCACGCCACUCCCGCAGCCUUCUCCGCACAUGUAGUCCACCGCGACAUGGAGUCCGAGAUUGCAGAGCAACAGAUUGGAGAUUAUGUGCUGAAGCGCCAGGUUGAUCUGCUGAUGGGAGGUGGACGAUGCUUCUUCUUGCCCAACACAACUGAGGGUGGAUGCCGUCAGGAUAGCCGAGACCUGAUCAAGGAGAGCGCGAAUCUUGGUUGGAAGGAGGUGAUGCUGACUCGAAAGGACUUUGACACUCUAGAUGCAGAGGACACAGGUAUUCCCCUCCCGGCCUUGGGAUUAUUCAACCAUGACCAUAUGAAUUAUGAAAUCGAUCGCGACCCCAAACAGGAGCCCUCGCUCGUAGAGAUGACGAUUGCGGCACUCAAGGCCCUUCAGGGAAACGCAAAACCCAACCAGGGGUUCUUUUUGAUGAUCGAGGGCAGCCGCAUUGACAUGGCAGCGCAUAACAACGAUCCCGUUGCACAUGCGUACGAUAUCAUUCAGUACUACGAGACUGUCAAGGCGGUACGCGAGUUUGUUUCGAAGAACCCGGACACGCUCUUGAUCUCAACAAGCGACCAUGAGACGGGCGGAUUCACACUCGGGCUCCAGCCAGAUCCAAGGACGUACCCAGACUAUCUUUGGAGGCCAGAUGUCAUCAAGAAGGCGCACGAUGCCAAGGGCCAUGCUUCGACCGAGCUCUUGACCAAGAAGCUGGUCGAGUAUCAGGUUCAGGACACCAAGCGCCGACAGGAAUUUGUCAAGACCGAGAUCUUGCAGAAUGGUUUGGGCAUCACGGACGCGACCGACAAGGAGAUUUCCUUCUUGGCAGACCCCCAAGCCCUGCCAAGCGACAUCUUGACCUUCCUUGGACAUGCGAUCAGUUACCGCGCCAAUCUCGGAUGGACCACCAUCGGCCACACUGGAGUGGAUGUCAAUUUGUAUGCAGACGGUGAUAGCGACGGCUACAAGGAUCUCAGGGGCAACCACGAGAACACGGACAUCGGUACUGCUAUGAUUAAGUACCUGAAUGUCGACUUGAACUACAUCACCAGGAAACUCGCCAAGUAA